CAUCUGUUAAUUUAAGCAGCCAAGACCAAGAUAAAAGGGUAUUUAUAGGAGCCCCGAAACACAUAAAUAUAAAGGACCAUUAUAAAAAGCCCAUGCUCCCUUUCUUUUGCAAAACCCCGUCAUUAUUCGGUACCAACAACUCCACUCUCUCAUUGUUUGCUUUCAAGCGUACUUGUCAAAUGGCUCGAUCUGCACUGGAUGAAAUGUCAGAUUCUGGGGCUUUUAUGAGAACUGCCUCAACAUUUCGUAACUUCAUCUCUCGAGACCCUAGUUCUCAGUUUCCACCUGAGUCAGGAAGGUAUCAUUUGUAUGUAUCUUAUGCUUGCCCUUGGGCUUCCAGGUGUCUUGCAUACUUGAAGGUCAAAGGACUUGACAAGGCCAUUGGUUUUACGUCAGUCAAACCCAUAUGGGAAAGGACAAAGGAAACUGAUGAGCACAUGGGAUGGGUUUUUCCCACUUCUGAUACAGAAGAGCCAGGUGCUGCACCCAACCCCUUUAACGGAGCAAAGAGCAUAAGGGAACUAUACGAGCUUGCAAGUACGAACUAUACUGGGAAGUACACAGUCCCUGUCCUAUGGGACAAGAAGUUCAAGACUAUUGUUAGUAACGAGAGUGCUGAGAUAAUCCGCAUGCUUAAUACCGAAUUCAACGAUAUAGCUGAGAAUCCUGCUGUGGACCUAUAUCCUCCACAUUUGAGAGCCGAAAUUGACAAGACGAAUGAGUGGAUAUACAGCGGAAUCAAUAACGGUGUUUACAAAUGUGGGUUUGCUAGAAAACAAGAGCCUUAUGAUGAGGCUGUAAAACAACUAUAUGACGCUUUGGACCAAUGUGAGGAGAUUCUUUCCAAGCAGCGGUACCUUUGUGGAAACAUUCUAACCGAGGCAGAUAUUCGACUGUUUGUAACCCUCAUAAGAUUCGAUGAGGUCUAUGUCGUACAUUUCAAGUGCAACAAAAAGCUUCUACGGGAGUACCCGAAUUUGUACAACUAUACCAAGGACAUUUACCAAAUUCCAGGCAUGAGCAGCACGGUGAAUGUGCAACACAUCAAGCGCCACUACUAUGGUAGCCACCCUUCUAUAAAUCCAUUCGGGAUAAUCCCUGUUGGCCCAAAUAGUGACUAUUCUUCUCCUCAUGACCGAGCACGGUUUACUGCUUAGGAAGUAUGUAUCCCAUAGUAGAAGCUCUUGUUUAUUUUGUUCAAUGAUGCACCGAUGCUCGCUGUUGCGGUCGACAACUCCCCUUGCAUUUAAGAUGAAUUAAUUCUGGAAAAGACGAUUAUAUGUUAUACUCUCGUAGAUCAAAGUUUUUAGUUUUUACAUUGUGGCAGGUUGUUUUUAGUUACCAAUAAAUACCUGGAAGGGGAACGAUGGUCGCUUCAGUAUUUUCUUUGAUAAUCAGCUUAAUAUGCAUACAAGCAGUAUAUGGAAUUAUAUAUAUUUGUAUCUAAUCAAAGUUUUACAGUGUCAUUGGUGAUUAAAACUAAUGAAAUAUUCAUCUUAGUUAUGGACA